AUGGCCAUUCCUUCCAUCAGGUCGCCGGCGGGCAAGGUCCAAGCCAAGUCAGCUCACGUCGCCGACAGCAGCGUUCAGCCAUUCCUUCAGCCCGACUUCGAUCCGGUCGACUACUUGAACAGUACACUGCCCACCCUGUCGCUGUCCUCCUCGCUGCAGAGAGGCAGCAGAGCAGUGCCUUUGCCAGAGCUUUCAUCACAAUUGCAGACUCUCCUGGCCCAGCUCAAUGCUCAAACUGUGCGGCUUUCCGGCACACUAACGCAAUUGACGGACGAGAUCAUCAGAAGUGGCAGCAGGUUGGCAUACGAAGUCGAAGUGCUAAGAGGAGAGACGUUGGGUCUCACAGACACGCUUGAGACCAGCCUGAAGAAGGACAUUGAGGCGUUUGUGCCGAGCAAAAAACAGGAUGGGAGCGCAGCAAGUGAAGAGCCACAGGAGUCAAUGGCAGCGACUGCAGAUGCGCCGAAGGAUGGAUCAAACACAGAGCAGGCCUUUGGCGCUUCUGCAGAGCCUGAGUUCCUCGAGAAACUGCGCAACUUGACUACCGUCCGUGAGCGCCUCGAUACAGUCAUCAAGACAUUCGGCUCAGCAAUGCAGUGGCCACUGGCGCCCUCGGAAACAUCCUUGGCGUCCUCGCUGAUAUCCGUAUCGGGUCCUGAAAGCAGCGAUGAUAGCAGGAGCCGUGAGGAGAAGGGCAAGGAAUAUAUGGAGAAGCUACGCAGCGAGAUCGAAGACCUACUCGCUGCUGGGACUGAAGGUCUUGAAGCUGCGAAUGCACGAGUCGCUGAGCUGCGAGAAUUGGCUGAAGUCUUCAAAGGUACCGCUGAAGAGAAGGCGCGAAAUAGGCUGGUUGAUUCAUUGCAGAAAUUGGUGGACGACAAGCAGAAGGCACUGGAGAGGACCGCUGCGGCGAGUCGGAAGCCUGGAGUAUCACCUGCACGGGGCCAUGAUAUGAGGUAUGGUAACGCCAGUGCUAUUCAAACGCCUAGUGAAGGGGGAAGUGGAUACGGCUUCCUGCAAAACCUAAGAAAUCUGAAAAAUGAGGGCGACUAA